AUGUGCACAUAUAGUGUACUAUUUUUGGGGAAUAUUGAUGAUCUUUUGAUGGAGACAAGCGGGAAUUGCUCGAAAUGGGUGACAGUCAGUGAGGUGGAACGGGGUUUUGAAGAGUUGCAGGUUGAGCAGGCGCAUUUGGAGGCACGAGAACAGCAACUACUACUAGGCAGUGACAUAUAUGCGGCAAUUUCCGGACUAAAUGCGCAGUAUUUGACUCUUGUUGCAGCACAGGAGUCUACACGAGAUCUUUUGAGUGCAACAAGCAUGAAUUAUAUGCAGCUGUCUCCGACAGCGUGUAUACUGCGUUCGAAGCAGCAGCAACAGGUGAGUUGA